AAACUUCAUUCCUAUGUCUAUGUCCAUGAUCUUUCAGUCUCUGGAAUUGAAGGGUCUUUUGCCUCUGCGAAUUAAGAAAAAAAUUAAAUCGAAAAUCGAGUCUGCAAAUCUUCUUAUAAUUUCUUUGAAUUUCUUAACUCGGACGAACCAUUUUUAGAGAUGGAUUGGGGAAACGUAACAACGGAAGAUCUGAUCGAUGCGCUUCGUGAAGUGGACUGGUCGUCACCUCCUCGUCCCCUUGCUGAGUUCUUCUCCAAAUUCACCUUCCCUAGAUCACACGCCAAAUGGAACAGUCGUCUCAAGUGCAAUCUCUACUAUUAUCGGACCAACUACUUCAUCAUGAUAAUUUUCAUACUUGGGAUGGGAUUUCUAAGGAGGCCUCUUGCCAUUGUUGCUUCUCUUGUAACAGCCCUAAACAUUGCUUUCCUGAACGAUAGCUUUGCAGUUACUUUUAAUGAGAAGGUAACAAGAACUGUGAGACAGUUCUCUCCACAUUUAGCUGCAAAGAUGAGACCACCUAUGGUGCCUGUUAUUCGGGGGCGCCCAUCACCUAGAAAAGCAAUUCAUAUAUGUGGAAAGCCUCGUUGGAUGUUUGUCUUGAUAUUUUCAGCAGUUAGUUGCAUUCUGUGGAUCACGUCUUGUGGUCUCCUUACAGUUCUAUGGGCAUUUGCCAUUGGCCUUCUUGCAACCAUCCUUCAUGCAAGCUUUAGAACACCUAAUCUAAAAGCACGCCUGAACACAUUCCGUGAAGAAUUUCGUGCAGUGUGGCGCAAUUAUAGUGAACUGUAAUUGGGUGCAUUAUGUGUUCAUAAAAGAAUCCUACAAUUGGUUGUAAGCUGGCUGACGAGUUUGUGUUCUGAAGUUGAGCUAAGGGCUUUACCGGUUAUUGCUGCUGCGGCCGCACUGUUCUUCUAAAAUGCUGUUAUUGGCAGACCCCCCUCCCUAAGUAGCUGCAUAUCCGUAUAGAUCGCUGGAUGUAAAUCUUUUGCAGAUCUAAUUUGUGUAAUACUUAAUAUCUCCCAUUUAUGGAGAAACAAUUGAGAAUUUAUGAGCUGAAAUUCUUCAGGAUUUUUGAGCCUUCUAGGAAUGCUUUUCAAUUUAGGAAAGCAAUCACCCAUUCUUGGAUGAUUUUAUCUGGUUGUAGCACCAUUAUUUAUGAAUGAGACUUGAAUUUAGAUAGCGUGGGCUUGUGAUUUAUUUUCUA